UGUCACGUGAAAAGUUCACAUGACAUUCAUGUGAUUAGUGAUAUUCGGGUAAAAAUAGAUCUACAAUAUUGCAAGUGGAAGUACACAAUGCACUCCUGUAAUUACCUGUUUUUGGCCUGCGUUGCGCCACUUGUUUUAGGGUUAAAUGAAAAUUUCCAGGCAUGGAAACAACAUUUUGGAAAGCAUUACAGAAAUUCAAGAGAAGUAAAUUACCGGUAUGGAAUCUGGAAACGAAAUUUGGAUCUAGUUUAUCGUAACAACAAGGAUAAUACUUCCGGAUUUCUCAUGGAAAUGAAUAAAUUUGCAGAUGAGAAACAUGGUGGAUAUAGAAAGCCUUUGGUCUUAAAAACCUUUCCUGUAAACUUGAACAUGCUAUACUCUGACGAUGUUCCCGAUUCCUUUGAUUGGCGCAAAAAAGGCGCCGUAUCACCAGUAAAAAGCCAGGGUCAGAUGGGCAGCGCACUGGCCUUCGCAACAGUUGACUCAAUUGAAAGCAUGCAUUUCAUUAAAACCGGACAACUGGUUGAACUUAGCACUCGAGAAUUAGUACAGUGCUGCAAUGCUUCCAUGAUGAGUCCAACCUUUGACUGUGUCCAAAAACUAGGAGGUGUCUGUAGUGCUGCCAGCUACCCCGACUCUCGCACCUGCCAGAGUAAACAAUGCACCCCUGUAGCUAAAGUGACUGGAGUUACACAAGUAAAGAAAGGAGAUGAAGGGGACCUAAAGAUCGCCGUGUACAGACAGCCAGUGGUGACAGCGGUAGAUGCCAGUCACUCCUCCUUCCAGCUGUACCGUAGUGGGGUCUACUAUGAACCCAGGUGCUCGUCAACCCGACUAGACCACGCCCUCUUGGUCGUGGGCUACGGCACUCUAGACGGAAAGGAUUUUUGGAUCGCCAAAAACUCAUGGGGCAUUAAUUGGGGCAUGAAAGGCUACAUACUGAUGAGCAGGAACAAGAACAAUAACUGCGGUAUCGCUACUAGCGCAAUGUACCCGGACGGGAUGUGAACUUCUAGCACAUUAACUUACUCAGGAGAAAUGUAACUGAAAUCAGUAUUCUAUGCCAAAUAAAUCUGAUUUUCUAUGAA